GAUAUGCAAUUAUCGGACAAAAUGUCUUCUAAACUAGGUGGUUCGGUAUUUAGUUUUAAUGAGAUUUAUGAGCAUUUGAAAGAUUUUAAACAAAAUCUUGCUAAGAAUGAAUACACACAGUAUGAUCAAGUUUUGGAAAUA